CUCUCCCCGCCUCCUCCCCGCACCUGCCUCUGUCACUCACAGGCAGGCCCAGGCUGGGGCAGCCAUGGCACCAGCGCUAAUCUGGAUCUCUCUCCUUGGGGGUCUUCUGGAAGGGUUGGGGGCCACCGAGGCCCAGCAGACCACUCUGCACCCACUUGUGGGCCGGGUCUUUGUACACACCCUGGACCACGAAAGCUUCCUGCAGCGUCCUGAGCAUGUCUUCCCUGUCCCAGCUCCCGUCCCUAUCACCUACCACGCCCACCUCCAGGGACACCCAGACCUGCCUCGGUGGCUCCGCUAUACCCAGCGCAGCCCCUACCAGCCUGGCUUCCUCUAUGGCACCGCCACCCCAGAAGAUCGCGGGCACCAGGUCAUUGAGGUCACAGCCUACAAUCGGGACAGCUUCAACACCACCCAGCAGGUGCUGGUGCUAUUGAUUGGGGACCCAGAAGGCCCCCUGCUGCCAUACCAGGCUGAGUUCCUGGUGCGCAGCCAUGAUGUGGAGGAAGUGCUGCCCUCGACACCUGCCAGCCAUUUCCUCACAGCCUUGGGGGGGCUCUGGGAGCCAGGGGAACUCCAGCUGGUCAACAUCACCUCUGCCUUGGACCGUGGGGGCCGAGUCCCCCUUCCUAUUGAGGGCCGCAAGGAAGGGGUAUACAUCAAGGUGGGCUCUGCUUCACCCUUCUCCACCUGCCUGAAGAUGGUGGCAUCCCCCGACAGCCACGCUCGCUGUGCCCAGGGCCAGCCUCCACUACUGUCCUGCUAUGAUACCCUGGCACCUCACUUCCGAGUUGACUGGUGCAAUGUGUCUUUGGUGGACAAGUCAGUGCCAGAGCCUGCAGACGAGGCACCUGCUCCAGGUGGUGGGAUCCUGGAGCAUGACCCAUUCUUCUGCCCGCCCACCGAGGCCACAGCCCGAGACUUCCUGACCGACGCACUCGUCACCCUCCUGGUUCCCCUUCUGGUGGCCUUGCUGCUGACCCUGCUGCUGGCCUAUGUUAUGUGCUGCCGGCGGGAGGGACGGCUGAAGAGAGACCUGGCCACCUCUGACAUCCAGAUGGUCCACCAUUGCACCAUCCGUGGGAACACAGAGGAGCUGCGUCAGAUGGCAUCUAGCCGAGAGGUGCCCAGGCCACUCUCUACCCUGCCUAUGUUCAACGUGCACACAGGCGAGCGGCUGCCCCCGCAAGUGGACAGCGCUCAGGUGCCCCUCAUACUGGACCAGCACUGAGGGCCAGCCCAGCCCUGGCCUUGUCCUCCCUUCUAUCCCCACUCAGAGCGGCCAUCACCACGACCGCAUCCUUCUUCCUGACUCCAGUUCUUGGCCCUCUGGACCCCAAGCUUGGAGGAUGGUGUGGGGCACCGGGUGUUUGGGAUCAGAACCCCCAGAAUAAACACCUGCCGCUCUGCUCGUUGA